AUGCCCAGUCCACAGUCGGAGUUACUAGAACUCUCAGCCACGAAUACCAGCAAUAUCACGAGCCCCAGCAAUUCCCCCCUUGGAGCAUCACGCCGCUCGAGUACCCCAGCUUCAUUAUCAUCAGAUCCAGAGGCCAUUGCAUCCUCAUCGACAGUUGUUAAACUCUCAAAAGUCCGGAAGACUGUAAGCAGUUCAAGGAACAAAGCUGACGUUUCAAAGCAAAAUAAAGACCAGAAAGGCAAAGGAAAACCAGCGCUCGUUACUCCUCUCGAAUAUGCGCAGAAGUUGAAUCUCGACUUGCCAAAGAAGCGCAAGUCCGAUUACCUCAAGGGCAAGCAAAUCUUAUAUGUCGGUGGGGACAUGCAGUAUGCAGGCGUCCAGACGCGUGGUCGCAUGGACUACAUCGUCAAGCAUGGUGGCACCUUGGUACCAUCAUACGAUCCUACUACUGUGACUCACAUCGUGACGGAUGCGACGACACGCCCGACACUGAAAGCCCUUGGACUAAAAUCGUUGAAAGAGAUCCCUGACAAUAUCCCAACGGUCACUUGGAGUUGGGUGAUAUCCGGGUACGGUCGUUUGGGUUACAACAAGCUCAAGGGCAAACGCGACGGGGAAGCAAAUGAUACGAAAGGGAAUGCUAAUGCCACAGAUGAUGACGAAAGUCUUCUCGAUUUUGAAUUUCUACACGCGGCAUUCCCUCAACGCAUCGAUGCCGGUAGAAGCUGGCAGAAGAGAGGGCAGGUAAAAUUGGUUCAAGCAAAGGGUCAAGCAAGCGCCUCUGCGAACGACCUUGGGGAAGAUUUCACGCCAAAACUAGUCGUUUUCCCCCCUGCACCCCUUACAUUCAUUCCCGCGGGAAAAGCUUCCAGCACAGCCCAUCAUAACAAUAACCAAAGCAGUCACAUUCACAAGCCACAGUCUAAUACAGAAGACCCUCUUGCUGAGUUUUACGAGAAGGCGAGGGCUGAACGAGAUCGAGCUGUGAGUUGUAAUACAGACGAGAGUGAUCAAGAAGAGGAUUUUUCAAAACUACCACGGGUUCCUCGGCGCGGUUUUACAUGUGACCGGAAGGAACCUGAGCAGCGCGAAUGCGUGAAUCAAGAUAUUAUUGAAAAGUUGGAGGAACUUAUGGAGUUGCACAAGGCAAAACUAGGUGAAGAUGAUCGUUGGCGAGUGUACAGUUACUCGAAAUGUAUUCGUGCCUUGCGCAAUUAUCCAAAGAAAAUCAAAUCAUACAACGAGGCCCUGUCAAUCAACGGCGUCGGUGAGAAGACUGCCCGAAAGAUUAUGGAAAUAAUUGAAACUGGCGAUUUGAGACGCAUCGGCUACGAAAAAACGGAUGAUGUCGAAGCCAUUAAUCUUAUUUCAGGGGAUAUAUGGACCAUUGGCACAGGCCGACAAAUAGCUCACAUGUGGUACAAUAACGGAUGCCGGACACUAGAUGAUAUUCGAGCUCGGAAGGGUGACAUCAAGUUAUCCCACGUGCAGGAAAUCGGUUUACAAUUCUACAAUGAUAUCAAUGAUAGAAUGCCACGCAGUGAAGCAGAGAGUAUCUUCAACUUGAUUAAACCCAUUGCUCUCGAGCUCGACAAGCACCUCUAUAUCGAUAUCAUGGGUAGUUUCAGAAGGGGCAAAGCUACUUGUGGCGACAUUGAUAUCCUAGUGACUCGACCAACCUCAGAUGGGAUAACUCACGCAGGUCUUCUUCCGGAGCUGCUCGCCCGUCUGCAUGCUGCAAAGAUCCUGACAGAGGAUUUGGCAUUGCCUGAUGAUUUUUCCGCUCUUGAACUAUGUUAUCGUGGAUUGUGUAAGGGUCCCGAACCGGAUGCAAAGCGUCGGCGCAUCGAUAUCUUAUGUGUUCCUUGGCAGAACAGGGGAGCAGCCCUUCUUUACUACACGGGUGACGACAUCUUCAAUCGGGCCAUGAGAAUGAAGGCGAAUGUUCUCGGGUAUUCUCUCAACCAACGAGGUCUGUAUGCAGGUGUGGUUCGAGACCCCCGGAACAGACGUAUCAAGAUUUCCGCAGGUAACAUUGUUGCGUCUGAGACGGAAGAGGAAGUAUUUAGAAUUCUAGGGGUGCCAUGGCAGCAGCCUCAUGAACGUGUACGGGGUUGA